AUGUCGAUUGAGUUUGAACAAAAUUGUAAAUGGAAAGCGACAUGUGUCGAUUUGUGUCAAGUGUGUCGACUGUGUCUCGUAAAAGGAAAGCAGCCUCAGUUACCAGUAUCAGCACAAUGUGUAUCAAGUCAUCUCUCUUCAAGUGUUUUACUGUCCACAGCAGUCAUUUACAUAUACGAUUCGGUUAAGCAAGCAUAUCCAUGUAGAGUUUUACUUGAUAAUGGUUCACAGAUGAAUUUUAUUACGCAGGAACUUGUGAAUAAGUUGAAAAUUGAAGAGAGACCACUUGAAAUCACAGCAUCAUGCGUGAUGGAAGAAAUGGUGCAUGCAAAACACGUGGUUAGUGUAUGUAUAAAAUCGCAUUUCAAUAAUUUUAGUAAGCGUAUUGAAUGUGUUGUAAUCCCAAGAAUCACUCAGCCAUUACCACAGCAAAUAGUACCUAGCCAAAGUGUAAUCAUUCCAAAGAACAUAAAAUUGAUAGAUCCCAAUUUUCGUAUGCCAGCAGAUAUUGAUAUGUUGGUGGGGGAUGAGCUAUUCUUCAGGAUACUUUGCGCAGGACAAAUUGUACAAGCUAAAAACAAGCCCAUUUUACAGAAAACUCAAUUCGGUUGGAUUGUGUCCGGUCCGACAAUGAGUACUAACGCUGAUUCAGUGAUGUCAGUUAAUCACCAUAUUACAUUACUGGAUGACUUAAAUUAUAAAGUCAGUAGGUUCUGGGAAGUAGAGCAUAAUAUUGCCAAACCUCAAUGGUCAGAAGACGAAAGGGCAUGCGAACGAACAUUUUUGGAAACUGUGAAGCGAACUGAAGAAGGAAGAUUUACUGUAACAUUGCCAGUCAAGCCUGAUCAAUUAAGUAAAUUGGGAGAAUCACGAAAAAUAGCCAUGCAGCGUUUUGAGUCCCUUGAACGUCGUUUUGCUUCCCAACCGAGUCUACAUGAAAAAUACAAGAAUUUUAUAAAAGAAUACAUUACAUUGGGACACAUGCGAGAAGUAACCAAUGAGCAGACAUCUAGUACAGGCAUCUCACCAGUUUAUCUACCACAUCAUGCAGUGCGAAACGAAGCGAGCACAACAACUAAGCUUAGAGUAGUGUUUGAUGGCUCCUGUAAGACCACGACAGGGAUUUCUUUAAAUGAUACUUUGAUGGUAGGUCCAACAGUGCAAGAUGAUCUAUUCUCAAUUUUAACACGAAAUCGUAUUUUCAAAAUAGCCAUGACAGCAGAUAUACGCAAAAUGUAUAGACAAGUGUUAUUAGAUCCCACUCAAACAGCCUUGCAACGCAUUGUAUGGCGUGAUACCAAGGAGGAUCCUAUAAAGAUUUUCGAGCUGAUGACGGUGACUUACGGAACUGCAGCAGCACCUUUCUUUGCGAUAAGGUCUUUGAGAAAACUCGCUGAGGAUCACAUCAAUCAAUAUCCAGUAGCAUCUCAGAUUACCUUGAGAGAUUUUUACGUAGAUGAUUUGGUAACUGGAACAGACUCACUGGAAGAGGCAUCAUAUUUGAAGAAUGAGCUGAUUCAACUUUUACAGGAAGAUCAUAAGGAAUUCAUUUUGAAUAGCGACAAGAAUACAGAAACAAGGACUUUAGGUAUUGUUUGGGAUUGCACCAAUGAUUCUUUCAAAUUUUCCAGUUUUGGUACGCUUCCACCAUUGGAGAAGCCUACUAAAAGAAGCGUUUUGUCACGUAGCUCAUUGAGUUUUGACCCCCUUGGGUUACUUGGACCAGUGACAGUAGUAGCCAAAAUCAUAUUGCAGAAUUUAUGGCGUCUCCAACUGGAUUGGGAUGAAUCUUUUCCAUUGGAUAUUGCUACGAAGUGGAAGCGUUACGAACGUGAACUACAAGAGAUUAGAAGCCUCAAGAUCCCUCGUUGGGUUAUUGCGGUGGACCAGUACAUUCGUUUGGAAUUGCAUGGGUUCGCAGAUGCCAGUGAAACCGCCUAUGGGGCAUGUAUAUAUGUGAGAGCCACUUCCAGCCAGGACAAACACUCAGUAAAACUACUGUGUUCCAAGUCAAGAGUUGCACCUCUGAAAAACUUAUCCUUACCUCGAUUGGAAUUAUGUGCUGCUCUAUUAUUAGCUCAAUUAGUCGACAAAGUAUCAAAAUGUCUUACAUGCAAGAUCGACAAGACAGAGUUGUGGACUGAUUCCACGAUUGUCUUAGCAUGGCUUCAAGCAUGCAGCCGUACAUGGGCCACUUUUGUUGCAAAUAGAGUGGGAGAAAUCCAACAACUAACUCCCAUUCAAUAUUGA